AUGGCUGUCUCCAAGCUUGUGAACCUCACCGCCAGGUCGUUCCAGUUUAUCUGGACCGUCAUCAUUAUGGGCCUGGUCGGUAACAUGAUUGCCACGGCGAACCACAAUAACACGGCGGUGGUCAACUACGCGAUGUUUGUUGCCGCCUUCUCCUUGUUCACCCUCUUCUAUACGAUCCCGGCUUCGUUCAAGGAGGGCCUUUCUUUCCACCCUAUCAUUUUGCUGGUGGUGGACUUGCUCAACACCAUUUUCUUCUUCUGUGCGGGUGUUGCUCUGGCGUCCAAGCUACGUGUUCACAGCUGUGGCAACUACGGUUACUUGGUGAGCAACUCUGUCAUCAACAGCUCUCAGUUCCACCUGAAGAAGCGAUGCCAUGAGGCUCAAGCCGUGACUGCCUUUAUGUGGUUCGCCUUCGCCGCCUACCUCAUCUCCUUGGUCAUCUCCGGAAUGAGCUCGUCUGGUCCCACCAACCUGCGGAGUGGUGGCGUUCGCCGUGGCGGCCCCGCCAUGUCCCAGGUCUAA